AUGGAACAAACAGAAGUACCGUACAAUAACGCUAAUCUGCCUUAUUCCAAACUUGCACCAAAACUUAACCUAGCAUCUUCACUAUCUUCAACCACAUCCUCAAUAAGUCUGCUUCUAGCUACUUCACUACCGCUAUUAAUAGCAUAUCCGAUAGUAUUUAUAUCACAGGGGUUGAUCUUAACGCCAACAACGACAUCUGAAGAGGGUAUAUUCGAUGUUCCACUGCUAACACUGCAAAUUGCUGUCGCUAUAGCGUCAAGCCUGGCUUUAUUUCUAAUGAUAUUCUUGGCUCAAUGGAUCAAAAUCAUACCAUGUGAUAACAGCGAUGCAUCAAAUCGAUCCAAGUCAAGGUCCACCACCCCUAAUUCAAUCAAGGUUUAUCUAUCUAUUGUUUUUGGAUUGACAUCGACCAUUUUUCUCCCGUUUGAUCGAUGCAGUUUGAUUGUAUUUGGACUUUAUUUGAACAUAUUCAAUGUCUACACACCAUUGAUGUUAUUUUUUGAUUUAUUAGUGAUGAAUACAAACUCACAUUAUACAGAAGGGUCCAAAGUCCUGAUUCUUUGUGGGUAUGGAUUAAUUGGAGUAGCAUUCACUUUAUUACGUCGAACUGAUAAUAUCAAGGUCCCCUUGGACCGGAAAGUGAUUAUGAGCACCACGGUAUUCGGUGGGUUAAUUUGGCUAUGGUUGAGUAAUGGGAUCAGUUUUAGUAUGAUUGGUGUCAAUUUGGUUACGUUCACAAUUGGUCUUGUUACGUUUCAGGAGUCCCCACAACGUAGUAAUGAUAAUAGUGGUGUUCAAGUUCAGGUGAUGUUCUUUAUGGGGUUGAGUUUGGUCAAUAGCGUGUUGAGGUAUCUUGUGUUUCAACAGUUUAGUUUUUGGGCUUCUCUUGGUGAUGUUUUGUUGUCAUUAUUGAUUAUACCGGGAUUGAAGAGUAGUCAACGGUUCAGGCAGUAUCAAAAUGGCAACAUCAACAACAAUAUAACAACUGCCACUGCAUCUCCUUCUUCUACACUGAUUUUAACACAAGUGGUUAAACAUCAAGACACCAGAGCAAUAUUCAAUUUCUUACUCCUCAAUGCCAGUUUUAUGAUUAUUCAAUUCCUUUAUUCAUUCCGAUCGAAAUCACUUGGUUUGCUAUCUGAUUCAUUACACAUGUUGUUAGAUUGUUUAUCCUUGGCGUUGGGACUCAUAGCUGGUGUUUUAUCAAAACGAGAAAUUGACAAUGAACUGAAUUUUCCAUUAGGGUGGUAUCAUUUGGAAAAUUUAGCCGGAUUUACUAAUGCGACGUUAUUAAUUGGGAUAAGUGGAUCCAUCAUGUUUGAAGCCGUAGGGAGAUUGAUUAAUCCAGUGAAUUUACAACGGACGAAUGAAUUAAUUGUGGUUUCAGUGCUAGGAUUAUUGGUUAACCUUGUUGGGGUGUUUGCAUUUAAUCAUGGACAUGAGCAUGGACAUGGGCAUAGUCAUAGUCAUGCAAGCCAUCUGCAUGUGUCUCUGCAUCUGCACCUGCAUCUGCAUACUCAUUCAACUGGUCACUCCACCAAUCCAGCUGAUUCAGUCAACGAUAACAUGAGAGGUAUUUUUCUUCAUAUAUUAGCUGAUGCAUUAGGAUCAGUGGGAGUAGUCAUAUCCACAAUCUUGACCAACUUAUUCCACUGGCAAGGAUUCGAUCCUAUUGCAUCAUUCAUUAUCGCAAUUCUAAUCCUUGCAUCGGCAAUCCCAUUGAUCAAGUCAACAGCAUCUAGCUUAUUGUUGAAAAUUCCGCCACAACAAGAAUCAAUAAUUCGAAAUACAUUACAUGAAAUUUCCCACGUAAAGGGAGUUAAAUCAUUUACAACUCCACGAUUUUGGCCUAGCGGUGGCUCAAAAAUUAACGGAUAUAUUCACGUACAAAUAUACCGAGGCGAGAAUAGUUGGUAUAUCAAAAAACAAAUUGAACGGUUGUUUAGUGAUGGUAAUGGGACAUUUAGUAAUGAUGUGAUGAUUCAAGUUGAGAAUGACUAUGAUGAUUGUUGGUGUAGGAAAACGCAAUAG